AUGGCAGCUGAAUCAGGAAAUUUCACUGCCCCAUGUGUUCCCAAAUUUGAUGGGGAUUAUGAUCAUUGGAGUUUGGUCAUGGAGAACUUGAUGCGUUCAAAAGAAUACUGGUGUGUAAUUCAAGAUGGUUGUCAAGCACCUGACAAAAAUGAAGUGGUGACGGCAGCCCGACAAAAGGAAGUGGAUGAAGCAGAACUCAAAGACCUAAAAGCAAAAAACUAUUUGUUUCAGGCCAUUGACAAGUCCAUUUUGAAGACCAUCACGCAGAAGGAGACUGCAAAACAAUUAUGGGAGUCAAUGAAAACCAAGUACCAAGGAAGUGCACGAGUGAAGCGUGCCCAACUGCAGGUGUUUCGAAGGACUUUCGAAACGUUGGAGAUGAAGAUGGGAGAAUCGGUAACUGAUUACUUCGGAAGAGUAAUGGUUAUUGCAAAUGAUAUGAAAAAUUGUGGAGAAGAUAUGGGAGAUGUUAAAAUCGUCGAAAAGAUACUUCGAUCAUUAACAGAGAAUUUCAACUUUGUUGUGUGUUCGAUUGAAGUAUCUAAGGACAUCGACCAACUUACGGUUGAUGAGCUACAGAGCUUGUUACUGGUACACGAGCAGAAGGUGUGCCAUAAGAAAAGUGAAAAGAAGGUUCUAAAGGUAGAGCAUGACUCUUACUUUGGGCGUGGUAGAUGA